GCACGACACCAACAGAUCUCUCCAUCUCCGUCUCUCUGCAGCUGCGAGCGUCGCCCCCAUCGAAGGAGGAAGGAGGAAGGAGAGAUUGGAGGCGCCGACGAUGAUCGGGAUCGUGAACGGCGAGGACUCGUACAAGCUCCUGAAGCUGCUCAAGCACGACUCCCGCCCGCUCCGCGACGUCCUCGCCGACUUCGACGCCGCAUUCCCCCGCUCCCUCCGCUUCCCUCUCUGCACCUCUCUCUAUCUCAUCCUCCAGGACAAGAUUAUGCUCUCUCCUACCGAACGUUUGGUGGCAUUCUCUAUUCUGCAUCAGACAUAUGCCUCACACUCUCCUUCUGCAAAUCCAUUUAUAUGUUUUCUUGUAAUUGCCGCGUGUGAUGAUGGUGCUGAAAAAUUCGAGAGGGCAUUUAUCGUCCAGUUGUUGGAAUCAAGUUCCGGCAGUGCCAAAGAGAUUUUUAAACAGUCAGCUUCAGAUUAUGUGAAAGGUUUUGAUCCCUCAAUGCAUACUUUCCCAGCACUUGAUCAGUUGCAGCAGCAGUAUUCUGAUGGUGCUCAUUCCGAAUCGUAUAACUGCUUAUUCAAGGAUACGAAAGUGAAAAAUGUGAUGCCAGACCCAAAUGUUCCAUCUGGAUGCAACAAAAAUUCACCAGAGUUUGAUCUGCUACCCGGAACCAAACCAAAGCUUGGGUCUGGAGAUAGAGAUGAAACAAUUGCUGGGUUGCUAUCUAAUAUUUCACUAGAAGGAUUGGGUCCUCGGUGGAUCAGACCUCGGCCUCCAAGGCUUCCAAUACAGGAUGGGGAGCUAGUAUGGCUAAUACCUGACAACAAUCACGAGCUUCUUUGGGAUUAUGGGAUGUGUGCCGAUACUAGCAGAGGGGCAGCAGUUAGGGAUUUAAUUGCAAAAGCUGCAAAAGGACCACUUGUGCCUGCACAGCAAGAGGCUCAACUUCUAAAUGGCCAGAAAGUAUUGAUGGAGUUGGCCAAUGACCCAAAGCUUGUAUAUCACUGUGGACUGACACCAAUGAAGCUACCGGAUCUGGUGGAAAAUAACCCUCUCAUUGCUGUCGAGGUUCUCACCAAGUUGAUUAAUUCUCCUGAAAUUGGAGAGUAUUUUACAGUACUUGUCACAAUGGAAAUGAGUCUCCACUCUAUGGAAGUUGUGAACAGACUUACACAAGCUGUGAAAUUGCCAUCUGAAUUUUUAAGAUUGUACAUAAGUAACUGUAUAGCAUCCUGCGAGAACAUAAAGGACAAAUACAUGCAGAAUAGACUCGUCAGACUUGUAUGUGUUUUCUUGCAGAGUUUGAUUCGGAACAAUCACAUCGAUGUCAAGGAGAUCCUGAUCGAAGUCCAAGCCUUCUGCAUAAACUUUUCACGGAUAAGGGAAGCAGCUGGGCUGUUUAGGCUUCUCAAAACCAUGGAAGGAUAGAAUCCUUGUUUACCCAUCAAAUUCCUAGUUUCUUCCAAAAGUUGCAUGUUGUAGAUAAUGAUGGUUUCAUUGCGAGAUUUGUAGGAGAUGUUGGAUCU